UCGUGUAAGUAUUGAAUGUGUGUACCCUGAGUAUGUGAUGUAGAUAAACUUAUAGUUCCGUAAAAUGCCCAUUGUCCGUCACUCGGACAAGCCUGCUCUGUCAUUCAGACAAACCCCGUCCUGUUACCCUGUGACUCAGCUGCUGAUGAAUCUCGCCCCAAACCGUCGACAGUUUAUUCCAAUUUGCUGAGUUGCUUCAGUAUUUUGUGUAGGUUGCCCAUUCUCUCCGUCACUUCGACAAAGACGCUCAACCACCCGCCCCUUCCUCGUCUCGGAGGGACACUUCUCAGCCCGUCCCCUACACAUUCCCUGCCCCCUCUGUCACUCAAAAGCUCUGCCCCAUCCGGUCACGUGUGUUGUGCUGUGUCGUCGUGGUGACAUCGGAUUCAGUCCGGCCCGGGAGAGGUGCUCGGCCCCACGAGGAUACUGACCAAAUUGCUGGAAUCAUGGGCAGAAUUUUCUUGGACCACAUUGGAGGCACCCGCCUCUUCUCCUGUGCCAACUGUGAUACCAUCCUGACCAAUCGCUCCGAGCUCAUCUCCACACGCUUCACCGGUGCUACAGGGCGAGCCUUCCUCUUCAACAAGGUGGUGAAUCUGCAGUACAGUGAGGUGCAGGACCGGGUGAUGCUCACUGGACGACACAUGGUGAGAGAUGUCAGCUGCAAGAACUGCAACAGUAAGCUGGGCUGGAUCUACGAGUUUGCAACAGAGGACAGUCAGCGCUACAAGGAGGGUCGAGUGAUCCUGGAGAGAGCCCUGGUGCGGGAGAGUGAAGGUUUUGAAGAGCACGUUCCCUCUGAUGCUUCCUGAAGGAACCCACUCUUUUCAUGGCCCUUUCUCUUCUGUUUCCUUGCUUGACAGAAGAAAUACUUUUUAUUUAAAAAGCAGUUAUCCUUCUUUGUGUACAGUGUCAGCUUGGCAUCCAGCCUGACGUUGUGUUGUAAUGUCUCUGUGCACACACUGUGUAAACUUGCAGCGUUACAGUAGGCAGUCUUGGCUCUGUAUUGCUCCCAGUUCUUCUAUUUAAGUUUUUUUUAGUAUAUUUUUCUUGCUGCCUGUGACAUGCUGGGUGUCAGCUUGUCUGAGCUUGUAAAUCUGCCCGAUGGGAUGGGAUGGGUGGGGGCAGGCUUGAGGGUGGCAGGGUGGGGUUGUAACAGGUCUGUCUAAGGCAGUCCAUACAGCUCUUGGACACCACUGCAUGGGGGGAUGGGGAGGAGGAUGGAUAAUUACUGUGUCCUCUCAAUAGCCUCUGUGUAAUGUGUUGAGAAUAAUUUAAUAAACAAAGAACAUCAGUC